UGCCAGAGUUUUGUUGACGAGCACAAUAUACAUUUUUACAUUGCAAAAAUGAGAGAAUAUUUGGGCUUGUAUCCCUUGAAGGAGAGAAUAUUCUUCGUGAAGACAUUCUACAAGAACGACAACGAUGUGAACAGCGUGAAAACGAACUAUUUGUUGGAAUUUGGAGAGAUUGAAGACAUCCCAAGUGAUCAAAUUAUAAACGAUGUUAUAAGUUUGUUCGAGAAAACAGGGAACAUCAGUGAUGUUCCAUUGGAAGACGUGAAUGCUUCUUCCGUCAAGACAGAAUUGGCUGAUGGUGCUAGGGUGGAGAAUGAAAUUUUCUUGGAUACCAUUAAAGUUGAGGAACCAAAUUGGUUGGAUUUGGUUGAUCCAUUUCGCGCGCUUGACAGCAGUGAUGGUCGUAGGAGUCGAAAACAGAAACUUGUGACAAAAAUUGAGGAUAUUGUCUUUGAACCUGAAUUUAAAGCACAAACAAAAAGUAAAGAAAUUGAGACAAAAGAAGAACCUCAUGAUGAGGCAGAAGAAGCAGAUGAUGAUGCGGAAAUGGACGUUGAUGAUCCCAAUGAUUCUGAUUUCGACGAGGAAGACCAUCUGGCUGAUGAUGUGGACUACAAACCGCCGUAUACAAAUACCAAAAAAAAAUCCGGUGCAACAGAGAAGAUAAUACCUCGACCGAGACUUUGUAGGUUCUGCCAUAAGAUGAUCCCUUCGCGAUACCAACUACGACGUCACGUUAAGGCUGUUCAUGCAAAUGAUAAACCCCUACCCGUGCCGAGGGUCUACAAGAAUCCAACACCCUGUAAAUUCUGCGGGAUGGUUUUUAGUGGGAAACACCGUCGAAGGCUGCACUACAGAGAAGUCCAUCCGGAGGAAUUUGCUCGAAGUAAGGAAAUGCACAAAGCACAGAAAACCGCUGAAGAAUCGCAGCAAACACAGGAUGAUGAACAGCAAGUGGCAACGACGGUAGAACAGGAUACAACACAGCAGAAAAUAUCAAAUAAGAAGAUUACCGCGGAGGAUGUUAUUAGAGAAUCCAGACAAGGGGCAAAAGAAAAGGAUUUACCACAAUAUCAAUGUAAAUUCUGCAAAAAAAUGAUUCCCUCAAAGUACCAAUUGCGACGGCAUGUGAAAGAGGUUCAUGCAAAUGAUGAGCCUGAGUAUGAGAAUCCAAUAAUAUGCAAAUUCUGCUGCCGUGUAUUCCCGAAUAUUAAUCAACGACGCAACCACGUGAGGGUAGAUCAUCCCGAGGAACACAGUAAGAUUGUAAAGGGAUUCACGAAAACCCCAAUUGAGGAUCGAACGUGCUCCUACUGUGGGAGAAUAUGCGCCAAAAGGAGUGCCCUCGAUAUUCACGUGAAGGUGAUGCAUACGCACGAGAGUUUAGCCGUUUGUGAGUACUGUGGAAGGGGAUUUGCAACAUUAACUCACCUACGGAGGCAUAUUACCGUGCACACGGGUGAAAGACCCUUUAAAUGUGACUACAAGGACUGUGGUCAAAGUUUCCGCGAGAAGACUAGCUUCAUUGUGCACCAAAGAAGGCACACGGGGGAGAAACCGUAUCAAUGUGAGAUUUGUGGGAAAAGCUUUAAAGAUCAAUCAACAAGAAAGAUUCAUUACCGACAACAUACAGGUGAGAAUCCCUACUCCUGUGAACUCUGCGGGAAAACUACGAAGCAAAAGCAAAAUCUCAAGAGUCACAUGAAGCACUUCCACAAGAUCAACAAUUGGGAUGGUAAAUCUACUAAAGGAUUAAAGCAUGCUGGGUUUGUUUUGACACUUCAUGAAUGUAUUAUUUCUAUUAAAAUAAUUAAGGAAUUAUUGGGGGGGAAAAUGCGAAAUAAUCUAAAUCUCUACACGCUGAACGAAAGAAUAUUCCUCGUGAAGACCUUCUAUAGGAAUGACAGUGAUGUUAAAUGUGUUAAAAGGAAUUUCAUCCAGGAAUACGGAGUACUGGAUGAUGCUCCUGCAGACAGUGUCAUAUUUGAAAUUGUAAAUUUAUUUGAGGAAACAGGAAGUGUGAAGGAAAUCCCUGAUUAUGUGGUUACAAAAGUUGAGAAGGAAGCAUCUGAUAUGGAUGUUGAGUCCGGCGAAGCAUUCCUUGCAAACAUAAAAGUUGAACAGACCCAAGAAUAUGAUGAAAAUGAGGAAGCUGAAGAGAAUCUCCAUGAGAAUGCCUCAGUAGAGACCAAAGGGUUCUGCAUAUACUUCCCAUCAGAGGGCAAAGGUGAAAAGGAUUCAGGGAAUUCGCUAAAGGAGCGAAGGCAACGUGCUAGGAGGAAACCACCACCCGUUAAAGUUCCACUAAAACCCUCAGAUUAUACAAUUGCAGAUGGACAAAUGGCCUGUAGUCGGUGCAAUCAGAAGUAUGCAACAAAGAAAGGUUUACGUCUUCAUCUUUCGCGACAUUUGCAACAGGACCCAGAUACAUGCACGUACUGUUCUGAGACCUUCUUGUCAACCAUCCAGUAUCGCAAUCAUUUGCGUGAGAAGCAUGGGGAUGAUGUGAAAAUAUCCGAGAAGAAGAUUAAGGGGAAAUGUGAGAAGGCGCCUAAAUCACAGAAACUUCCAAUUGCUUGUGAAUUUUGUCCUAAAACCUUCACAUUGGGUAGCCUAUACCGGAAACACUUGGUGAGUCAUUCUGAUAAGCGCGACUACAUUUGCGACACCUGCGGGAAGGCAUUCAAGAAGUUGGCACCACUAAUUAGGCACAUAAAAAUCCACACCGGUGAAAGACCCUACAAAUGUACCUUUCCUGACUGCGAUAGAGCCUACAGAGAUAUGAAUUCCCUCAAACUCCACGGAUUAUGCCACACAGAUGAGAAGCCCUUCUCCUGUGAGCACUGUGGGAAAUGCUUCCGGGAUAGGUCAUACCUCAAGAUCCACUACCGAUCACACACAGGUGAGAGUCCAUACAAAUGCGAAAUCUGUGGGAAGGAAACGAAGCAGAAGCAAAAUCUCAAGAGUCACAUGAAGCAUUUUCAUAAAAUUAAUGAAACCUCUAAUUAAAUUAGCUAAAUCUAGCUACAAUCUUUUGUUUCCUAAUUGUCUAAACCAGGAAAAUUUAUGAAAAAUCAUUAAAAAAAAAUUUCCAUGGCUACACAAUUUAAAUGGAAACCUUUCAAUUUCAUACAUGUUUAGAGGUUUAUACAUCACCCUGAUUUGGGUUAAGUUUGAUGUUAUUUUUCAACAAGCGAAUUUUCUUUUAGAAUUAAUAGAGGAAGAAAUAUUAGAAUUUAGAAAAAUGAGCGAUAAAUUAAGUGUUUAUACGGUGAAGGAACGAAUUUUCUUUGUAACGAUGUUCUUCAUGGGUAACUGUGAUGUUAAUCGGGUGAAAAAUGAAUAUGUCCGGAAGUUCAGCCAUCUAAACAGGACUCCCACAGAUUCCCUGAUUUUUCAAGCUGUGAAUUUGUUUAAGGAAACAGGAAGCGUCCGUGAAGUCCCAGAAGAAACUCCUGAAUCCGCUCUUGAGGAUUUAUUAGAAGAAGAGGAUUUGAUUGAAAAUCCAGAUGAAUGUAAUUCCGUCAAUUCAGUCCUGUCACUUGAAAUAAAAGAAGAAAAGGAUUCAUUUGAUGAUCUUCACGAGGAAGAAAAUACAGAUGAGAAGCAUGAUGGAGGAUUCUCUGUCUUUUUCCCCGAAAAAAUGACAAAUUUAGUAAAGGAUGAAGAAAAUCCGGAGAUGCGCAAAAAGAGAAUUCGGAUGAAGCCAAAGAAACCCUUGAGGGAUGUAAAGGAUUCGGACUACAGAGAAAGUGAGAGUCUCUUUGCGUGCAACAAAUGUGGCAAAAAGUACCUGACAAGAGAAGCCCUAAUGGUGCAUUUGUCGUGUCAUUUGACAAAUGCUCCCCGGGAGUGUAGGUGUCGUUUCUGCUUUGAGAAUUUCCCAACACAAUUCCAUCUGCGUGAUCAUAUAAAAAAGCUACACAGUGAUGAAAUUAAGAAGGAGGAAGAAGAGAGGUUGACGGCAAAACCCGUGCAGGUGUGGCAAUGUAAAUUUUGUUCAAAGACAUUCACGUUGCGAUCAUCAUACCGGAAGCACCUGGAGAUACAUACCAUGGGAAAAGAUCGCAUUUGUGACGUGUGCGGGAAGGGCUUCCGCCAAAUGUCGAACCUGAAGGAACACCUGAAAAUUCACAGUGAUGAAAAAAUGUACAAAUGCACCUUCGCAGAUUGCAACAGGGCAUACAAGCAGAAGACAGCUCUUAAGUUCCACCUGAAAUGCCAUUCAGAUGAUAAACCCUUUCCCUGUGAGUACUGCGGGAAGCAUUUUAAGGAUAAAUCCUAUCUGAAGAUCCACUACCGAUCACACACUGGUGAGAGUCCAUUCAAAUGUGAAUUAUGCGGUAAGGAGACGAAGCAGAGGCAAAAUCUCAAGAGUCACAUGAAGCAUUUCCACAAAAUCACUGAUUCUUUGUAAGAAAAAAAAAUUAGGGGAAAUAAUUUACAACGAAACAUACUGUGGCGAUUUUAUCCUGCCACUGGGAUUGCGCAGAAGAGGAAGAAGAUGUAUGCAGUUAGACUAAACAACUUCAUUAAAGAACUCUUAAUUACUUAA